UACUUCAUCACCCCCACAUUUCUCCUCUUCUUCUUCUUCUUGGUUUUUUAAUAUAAAUAUAUAUUUUUUCCCCUCUCUAACUACCUUCUUAGUCAGCGUCUACAAUGGCUGAUCCUGGUUCUGCCUCUGGAAGGAGAAUGUGGUGUUCAAUUCCCGAAAGACUCCAGCUGCAUGGGGCCAUGUUGGCCUUGCAGUUUGGUUAUGCUGGUUUUCAUGUUGUUUCUAGGGCUGCCCUUAAUAUGGGAAUUAGCAAGCUUGUGUUUCCAGUUUACAGGAACAUCAUUGCUUUGCUUCUUCUUCUUCCUUUUGCCUAUUUCUUGGAGAAGAAGGAGAGGCCUGCAAUAUCCCUAAAUUUCCUUCUCCAGUUCUUCAUGCUUGCGCUUGUUGGAAUAACAGCAAACCAGGGAUUCUACUUGCUGGGACUAGACAACACAUCCCCUACCUUCGCUUCAGCAAUUCAAAACUCUGUCCCAGCAAUUACCUUUCUCAUGGCAGCCAUACUCCGGAUAGAAAAAGUGAGAUUAAACCGAAAGGAUGGUAUAGCAAAGGUGGCGGGAACAAUCUUCUGCGUUGCCGGAGCCUCAGUGAUCACUCUAUACAAAGGUCCGACCAUAUACAGCCCAUCACCGCCACUACAGAGCUCCGCAGCAGAAUUGUUUCCAUCACUUGGUGAUGCAAAAGGGAAGAACUGGACUCUUGGUUGUAUCUACCUCAUCGGCCAUUGUCUCUCCUGGUCCGGUUGGCUUGUGUUGCAAGCUCCGGUGCUCAAGAAGUACCCGGCUCGGCUCUCUGUCACAUCCUACACGUGUUUCUUUGGAAUUAUACAGUUUGUGAUUAUUGCUGCUCUUGCUGAGAGAGACUCACAGGCUUGGAUCUUUCACAAUGGUGGUGAGAUCUUCACCAUCUUGUACGCGGGAGUGGUAGCAUCAGGGAUAGCCUUCGCUGUACAGAUAUGGUGCAUUGACAGAGGUGGCCCUGUGUUCGUUGCUGUUUAUCAACCUGUUCAGACCCUUGUUGUCGCUAUCAUGGCCUCCGUUGCUUUAGGCGAAGAGUUCUACUUGGGAGGGAUCAUUGGGGCGGUGCUGAUCAUAGUGGGAUUGUACCUAGUUUUGUGGGGCAAAAGCGAAGAAAGGAAAUUUGCACAAUUGGAAAAGGCUGCGAUUCAGUCCACAGGAGGAGCAGAGCACUCCAACAUCAGGACACAAGCCCACAUCAAGACCUCUCUCACUCAGCCACUUCUUCCUUCUUCCACCGAAAAUGUUUAACCAUCAAGGCCCUAACUUUUGCAUUUUUAACUACAGCUUUUUGGCCUUGAAAAAACCAAAAAAAAAAAAAAAAGUACUGCCCUAUAUCAGAAAGCUUGUGUGUGUAUGAAAUUUUCUUUUCUUUUCUUUUUCUUCCUUUCCUUUUCCCUUUUUUGCCAAUCGCUAUAUGAUCAGUAGCUAGGGGAUUUUGGAAAAUUAAGGAGAUCUCUGUUAGGGGGAUGAUAUAUGAAGAUCAUUUGUCACAUUAUGUGGGCCUCAGGGGUCUUGUGAAAGUCCCUUAUGCUUCUAUUGUUAAUUUUAUGGUUUGCUUUACGAAGAAAUAUUUAAAGAUUUGCACAUUGUGAA